AUGACUAAUGCUAGUGUGCACCUAUGGGGUACGAACGGUGAAGCAUCUUUAUUUUCAGUUGAAAGCAUUGCGCUUGUAUGGUUCAUUAAGUUAUGUAAUUCAAAAGAGUCGAAAGAUAUAGUAAUUGGAUUGCAAGUGGUAUUCUCCAACAAUACCGACUUAUCGCCUGAUGGAAAGCUACCGGUAUUGAUUUUAGAUAGUGGGAUUAAAGUAUCUGGCUAUGUGAACAUAGUGAAAUUCUUAAGUAAAGAUACGCAUUUUAACAAUUCUGAAGAACUUGAGAAUGAUGAGGAAACCUCGGCCAUUGUUAGUAAACAGGACCGUCUUUUAGAGUAUGCUCUGAUGAAUUUUGUUGAUAUUGAAAUGUCAAGACUAACGGACUACCAGCUCUUUUUGAACACCAAGAAUUACAAUGGAUAUACUAAGAAACUGUUCUCAAAACUAUUGUAUUUCCCCAUGUGGUAUAAUACGCCUUUGAAAUUGAGAUCGCAGGCACGUGAAAAUUGUCAGGAGAUCAUAGGUUCCAUAAUCCUUGAGGACGAUGAGGAGUUUGUGGAAAGCAAAGCAAUGGAGUCUGCAUCACAAUUGGCACAAUCGAAGACUUUCAAAAUUGCGCACGAGAAUAAAGUUAAGAGUAAGCAAGAUCUACAACAGGUGAAAUAUAACUUGCAGUUUGAUAAUAGAUUAAAAAAUUGCGUCAGGAAUUGGCUGGCCGCCCGUAGCAAAUUGGACGAAUCUGCGAUGCUUUCCGCAGAUAUUCUCUUUCUUGCAAACAUCUACGUUCAGCUAAAUUUACCUGACGGGAACCGCAUCCGUUCACUCUUAGAACAAACCUUUGGAAGUGAUUUUAUGAAUAGUACAUCAAAAAAGAUCGACACUUUCAUUCAUAUUCCGAGUAUUGAUCUGCAGCAAAGAGCUCCUCACUUUAAAGAGCAAGGGAACGUCGUAAUGUCAUUAUACAAUUUUGCCUGUAAGUAUAUAUAA